AUGGAGGAGUAUAAAGAUUGUACCUAUUCCUAAAAAGAAUAGGGACUUGGAGAACUGUGUAAAUUUUCGCCCGAUUGCCUUAAUAUCAGUCUUUCUUAAGACAAUUAAUCUGAUAGUUAAAAAUCGUCUUACAUCUUUUAUAGAAGAAAAUGGUUUGCUCCCGAUUAGAUCUUUCGCUUAUAGGAAAAAUUUAUCUGCACCCAUCUGUAUUAAUGAGCUGCUCUUCAGAGUUACUCUUUUGAAAUCCCAGGGUUUCAAGGUUGUUGCCUGUGUGGUAGAUGUAACGAGUGCUUACGAUUGUGUUAAUGUUGGCACCCUAUGUGGUAUCAUGGUGGCGAAUGGUAUUCCACUUGAUAUUGUUGACUGGGUUGUUAAUUUCUUAUCGGACAGAAAUCUUUGCUUGGGUAAAAGUUCUAUUAGAGUAUUUAAUGGGCUUCCACAGGGUAGUUGUUUGUCUCCUAUUCUAUUCAAUCUUUAUUCUGCCUCACUCCAUCGAAUUGAGGAUGACAAUACCCUAGUAUUUCAGUUUGCUGGCGACUUUAUGAUACUGUCUUUUGACCGUGACUUUGAAAUCGCGGUUGAGAACUUGUCUAGGAAGAUUUUGGAAUUUGGGAAUGAUUGUCACUCUCUCAAUCUAUCUUUUAAUAUUCGUAAGACAAAGGUAGCAUACUUUGCAAAAGGAGGUCGCCGCUCGGUGCAGAUCUCUGUCAAUGGAUGUACAAUUGAACAAGUGUCUUCUUUGACUUUUUUAGGAAGGAAGAUAAAGAAUAGUUUAUCAGUUAAAGAGCAUUAUGAUUUUGCCUUGGGGAAUUGUAACUCUGCUGUGAAUCUGCUUAAAUGUCUGACAAGUAUUAAGGGUGGUCUUAUGCCUGAAGUGUCAUUGAAAUUUUACAGGAGUUUUAUUAGGAGCAAAAUUGAAUAUGCCAGGACUACCACGGCUCAUUCUCCAACUUAUAUUGAUAAUAGGAUUCGAUCUUUUCAGAAUUCGACUCUUAGAAGAUGUCUUGGUCUUACACCAUCAACACCGGUUCAUAUAAUCUAUGCUAUGGCAUGUGAACUCCCUCCGGACUUGAGGGCUAUAUAUUUAACGGCCAAGGAGCUGUUUCGAGUUUUCGUAUACAAUCCGCCCCUUUUUAGAUUGAUUGCGACGAACCGUGGUCUGAAUAACAGUUAUUCAUUUGUCUUCUCUAAAUUUAGUCAUAUUUUUGACAGGCUAGGUAAAUGUGUUAGAUCCAGUAUAUCUGUAAAGGUUACUUUUAAGCUUGACAACCCUUUUGGUUGUAAGCACAAUGCUCCUAGGGAAUGCACUAGGGCGUAUUAUGGUCAUCUUCUUAGGGAGUACAAGGAGAAUGGCUUUAGGAUUAUGGCCACGGAUGGCUCCCUCUCUGAUUCGUCAGUAGGAUGUGCUAUUGUUCUGGAACACAGUGAUCGUUUUUUCUUGUUUAGGUGUAAUAUGAGGUUGUCGUCUCUGACUGCUGAACUGAUUGCAAUUCGUGAGGCUUUAGUUGCUGCGGCUACAGAUGGGUUUGAACGGGUUGCUAUUUUAACGGACAGUAGGAAUGCGAUUAUUUCUCUAAGGGAUAGUAAAUGGGAGGACUAUAUUGUUUCGGAGAUUAUACAGAUUAUUGCGGAUUCUAGUAUGAGGGCUAUUCAUUUUAUUUGGGUGCCGAGUCAUAUGGGUAUUCCCAUUAACGAAAGGGCUGAUGAACUAGCGAGGAUGGCUCUUGAUUGUGGGGCUCCUCUUCAGGUGGAUUACUCGGUGAAGUGGGCAUUGAAAUUGAUUCGUGAUGAAUUGCAGGAUGAGUGGAAUCACUCUUAUUCUGAAAUUUCUCAGAGCAAGGGUAAUUUUUACUUUUCCUUUAACCGGACAAUCUCCUUGAAGCCAUGGUAUAGAGGAUUUGCAUUGGAUCCUGGUGAAGUUAAGAUUAUUAAUCGUCUUCUAACUGGUCAUGCGUAUGACAAGAAAUUUUUGAAUCUUAUAAGGAACACAACCCCUCACUUUUGCAGAAGUACUCUGUGGAAGUAGGUGUUUAUUAACACCCAACGGUUUCUACAAAAUCUCAUAAAUUUCUGGGAUUGUUAAUUUCGCGUUUUUGAACUACGCUAGUGGGAUAACCUGGCAAAUUGUGUGUUGUGUACACCGC